UGCUUUGCAACCGUAGCCAGUUCACCUAUUCACAUGUAAAUGAACCGUCAUAUAUAUGGCGUGUGUGUGACCCCUCGAAGCGACAUUAACAAGACUAGUGUCCCUCUGCAGUCCCUGUCGGCAGCUGGGGUCGCCGGCCAUCUGUCCCAUUCAUAAAUUGUUGUAACGGCUCUGUGGAUUACACCAACCUUCAAGUGGGUUUUGUCGUUUUUUGGCAGCGCCUGGGUUAAACUUGAGCAACAUGGCCCCCAUCCGUAAUAACACAAACGGAAUGGACAGAGAUGACAAAUGUGACGGCACAAAAGUUGACCGAAAGAUUAGGAAACCUCUGGUGGAGAAGAAAAGAAGAGCUCGCAUCAAUGAAAGUUUACAAGAACUCCGAGUUCUCAUCGCGGACACAGACUUGCAAUCAAAGAUGGAGAACGCCGAAGUACUUGAGAUGACAGUGAAACGGGUGGAGAGCAUCCUGCAAAGCCGGGCUCAAGAGGUGGAGGCAGUAAACCGGGAGGCGUGUGAGAGGUUUGCUGCGGGGUACAUCCAGUGCAUGCAUGAGGUACACACGUUUGUCUCCAGCUGCCCGGGAAUAGACCCGUCCAUCGCCGCGGAGCUGCUGAACCACCUCCUGGAGAGCAUGCCCUUGAACAACGAGGACCGCCUCCGGGUGAUGCUGUCGGACAUCAUGGCAGACAAUAACAGCACUUGGCCCCUGUCUGAGAGCAUGUACACAGCACUGGUGUCCCCGGCCCCCUCAGCCUCCUCCACGGAUGACAUCUGCUCUGACCUGGACGAGACAGACUCAGAGCAAAGUCAUGUUUCUGGAGAGGAGGCAGACAGCCAGGAUGUCUUGAGUUUGCCAACCUUAACAUAUUCCAAGUCAAUGUGGAGACCAUGGUAGAUAGGGCUUAUGACAGGAAUGGCCCCAUUCGUGUUUUUUUUUUUGUUUUUUUUUAAAUAGAGGAAUUACUCGAUCUUUGUGCUAGGCAGUUGUGUGGGAUAGGCCUACUGUAAGUCAGGAUAAAACUGCUGGAGUGACAACUUUUGACAACUUGUUGAACGGCAUCUGAGAAGCUCUUCAUGUAAUUAUUCUGCAAUUGCAAUUAAACUAAAAGCUAAAAUGUAUUUAAGAAAUUGACUAUGUAUUUAAAUCCACUUUGCAGAGGUCAGUUUCAGUUGUAUAGGGGUCUUCAUAUGGAAGUGUAUCGGCCUAUACCUUCAAUGAAGGGGGUAAAUACAUAUGUAAAUAUUUGCUUGUUGGAUAUAGGCAUGGUUGUAUAGAAGAUACCUGUCCCACUAGUAAUGCAGAGUUAGUUGUGUGUAAGUUAUUUCUUUAGGAUGUCUGCAACUUUGUAUUUAUAAAUGUCAAAAUGACCUGUUUUUAGGCUACCUCAGCUGAUUUGCCUAUGCUCAAACUCUUACACUGACUUUUUAAUAAAUGUCUUUUGAUAAACCCCUUGAUUUCAUUC